AUGGCAUGCUCAUCCCCGCUGCUGAUGUUCAAACUGGAGAAUGUGGAAUCGAGAAAUCCACUGGAAUGCCUCAUAUGCGAUCGAGAAUUCUCAUCGCCUAUUCGUUUACCGUGUCAGCAUAAUUACUGUCGUGAGUGCAUCCAGAAUCGCAAGGCAUGCCCAGUAUGUGGCACCGUAAUCGAUGGUGAAGUAUGUCCGGACAAUCUACUCUCAUUCUUAAUUGAUACUAGUCAUGAAACAGCUGACGUAUGUGCUAACUGUGAUCAGAUAUCACAACCGAUGCAUUUCUGUGAAACCUGUCAACAGGCUCUUUGUAAUCGGUGUCGACAUAGUACACAUCAGGCCCGAAUGUUUGCUACUCAUCGAGUUGUGCCUUUGGAAGAGCGAGCACGGGUCAAAGGACGCAUGACUUGUCCAACACAUGGAGAGCCUUAUAUCCUGUAUUCGAUGGAAAGUCGUAACUUGGCAUGUAUUGUAUGCUUUAAUAAUGCUGCUUUUGAUUCAAGGCAUCAUCUCGUUCAAAUUGACGCUGCACACAAAAUGGGUUGUGAAAAACUGGACAAGGCAACUGUCAAAUUGCGCGCAUUUCAAGACGAUGUUGCCGAGCAGUUGCAGUUAAGAAAACGUUUAGCUUCUGAGCUUACUGAAAGUCACCGUGUUGCUUGUGAGAGCAUUCGACAAACUUGCCAGGAAAUGACCGAUACGCUGUUAACAGUGCGGGAUCGUUUACUGACAAAACUUGACGAAGAAAUGGCUACACGUAUCCGACAUUUCCAUGAGCAGAUGAGGCAACUUACAUCCCUACAGCCCACAACACGACUAUGCUUGUUGAGUGCCUCAGUUUUUUGCUCAUCUGCCUCGAAACUUGACUUUUUACAGUGUUAUACAGAUUUGCUGAAAAGAAUUCAAUCACUGAUAUCAAUGAAAUGUGAAAAGCCGCAAUAUACUGGCGAUUUAACAUUGGAUAGCCGAGAAGAGUUCAAUAAAGCUUUGGAACCAUUUCUUGGAUUGUCUUCGUUUUUACUCUGCACUAAUGUAAACAAUGGUAAUGACGGAAAUGAAAGAAGCUGUGGAACUGCAUCUCCGAGAAAUAAUCCCGUAAAACGUUUCGGAUCUAUUGUUGUCAACGGAUCCCAAUUAUUGCUAAGUAAAUACCAGCUGGUUGUUGAUUUGGCUGGUGCAUUUGGUGAGCAGUUUACUAGAGUGGAAACUCCUCUUCAACAAUACAAUCACGAAAUGACAAAACUUGGUAAAAAGGUGCAAGAGUUACAAAGAGAUUUGACAUUGCGUCGAUGUAUUAUUGAGAAAGAUUCUAUGAUUGACCUCAUUCGUAGGUGCAAGGAUUUGGAUAUGAGUGUUAGUCAGCAUUCUACAGUUGUCAGUGAUUUGCAACCUCAACUGCAACAGAUAUGGCAGGAAGAGUUGGAUAGAGUCCGCAGACAGCAAGUUCUAUUCAGGGAAAAGAUUGAGGAAAUAAUAACACUACGUGAAAAGGCACGCCAUAUUGUCAAUGCAGCUAAGCAGCUCGAACCGUACGUUGUUUGUUUAGCCGCUGUGACAUCUGUGAUCGAUCACAAACGAUGUUACAAGCCAGAUCCAGCUCCAAUGGAGACCAUCUGUCAACAAAUCAAUACCCUCGAGCCAGAUAGUCAACAGAGGAUUGAAGCUAUCGAAAAAGAAGAGCAAAAUCGCCGCUUAGUUCAAGACCAGAAGAAACGAGAGGAACAAAUGAAAAUUGCGGCGGUUAAAAAAAAUCUAAAAACCACCAAAGAGCAAAAAAGACUAACGAGGAAAUCUACUAGCGACAAUUCUCGUUCUUCACGCCCACCGCUCGUUAAUACGAUCCGUGAUCGAAGUCGAGGAGGCACAGAUCGAGCAUUAUUGUCUCCUUGUCAGCGGCGCCAUAAAGGUUUGGUAACCGGUUCAAAGACUCAAUCUAAUGCCGAUGAAAUGGGAAUUUUGCUAGACAUUUUUUUCGAGUUUUUUGCUCAUUCUCCGACAGCUGAAGCUGAACUUAUAAAAGUGGAGUACGAGCAUCAAUUUUGUCGUUCACAAUUAUUUCGUCCAUCAAUUUUUUUGCCAACUGCACCUUUCAAGGAUAUAAUUGCUUUAUCGUCAAGUAAUUCAUUACCGGAUGACAGUCACAUUUCAAGGCAGACAGGCGAUGCGGACUUAAGCAUAAAAAGCGAGGAUAUUGUAAUUCGUUGCGAAGAGAGAAAUGAAAUGACUGGUUCAAAAAUUCCUGAAGUCCCAUUUGUCCCAAACACAAUAUUUGCAAAUUUAAAUAGCCCAAACACAACACUUGGUUCAUAUGAAGUACGUGAAAAAGUAUUGGAAAGCUUAAAACAAAGAAUCCCCAUUGUCGACACUUGUGCACAAUUCAAAAAAGCAGAACAUAAUGUUUAA